AUGAUUGAGACUAUCGUUCAGGCGUUACGCAAGCUUGUAUCACUUGGCAAUGGCAAACAGGAUGCUUAUCUCGACCUUGAUUAUGAUAAUCUCCUCUUUGUCGAUCUGGAUGGCAAACCUGUCGGCGGUCGGACAUGCAACAUCAUCUACGAGGACGACGACCCGCACUCCGAAGUGCGUAUCGUACUUGACGAGAAGGGCAAGGUCGUGGACAUGUAUAUGGGCGACCUAGAUGCUGGCUUGUGGACUAGGGAGGCGCAUAAAAGUUUCAAUUCGGAAAAUGUGACUGUUGAUCCCACAACCGUCACUGUCACGACGGAUGUUCUGGCGGGCAACGUGUCCCGACCCACGUUCCCUGCGAGUACGGCUGGGGCCCAGACGAGAUCGGGAAGCGUAGUGACACCUGCGCCGUUUGCGUACCAUCAUUAA